CGCUGUUUAGACAGUGGCGCGUAGUCAGAAUUGAACGGCUUGCCGAAACGCACGUUCGCCGUUCCAGUGUACGUACAUUUCGCGCAAUCUCGGCUUUCGUUUCCGACGAAUAUUUUUUGAUAUCGUUGAUUUUUACGUUCUUUCUUUUUUUUUUUUAAUUUUUUUUUUCAACCGAAUAGUUUCGUUCCCGUCAAUACAAUUCCUUCCGACUGGGUAUUUUUCAACGUACCUAUAUGCGUGCAGUAGUGUGUGACUAAAACGAAUCGAAAUAUUCAUCAUCGUAAUAUCAGUUAUCGCAUAUAAACUAUUUAAAUACGAUAAAAAAUAUUAUAAAUAUUAUACUAUAUACAUAACGAAUACUAUCCAUACAUUGUACAAACGUUUUGGACUGAUGCAUCAAUAGCCGCCGAAACAAUUUUGAAUAAUUUCAUCAAGAUUUAUUUUAAAAAAUGGAUCCACUUGAMGAUGUUGAGUAUUGUGAAUCCCACAAUCACCUGCUUAAAAGACCACCUGUAGAUAUCGAAUUUUCAGACUUGACUUACAGUGUACCACAAGGACGAAAUGGAUCAAAAAUUAUUCUUCGAAGUGUAAGUGGUUUGUUCAGAUCAGGCGAACUGACAGCGAUUCUCGGACCGUCCGGCGCGGGUAAAAGUACAUUAAUAAAUGUAUUAGCCGGUUAUAGAUGUGGUGACGCCCGAGGUUCUAUCAUGGUAAAUAGCCGACCAAGAGAAAUGAGAUCAUUUCGAAAAAUGUGUCGUUACAUAAUGCAAGAAGAUCUCUUACAACCAGCACUUACAGUAUUAGAGUCUAUGGAAAUAGCUUCGGAUUUAAAACUUGGUUAUACGAUUUCCAAAGAAAACAAACUUGAAUGUAUCGAAGAUAUCCUUAAAUUGCUUCGACUUACUAAAUCAAAACACACACUCAUGGAGAAUUUAUCUGGUGGAGAAAAAAAACGAUUGUCAAUCGCAUUGGAGCUUGUUAACAAUCCCCCUGUAAUAUUUUUGGAUGAACCUACGACUGGUUUAGACGACUUAUCCAGUUCACAGUGCGUGUCAUUACUUAAAGAUCUUGCCUAUGGCGGUAGAACAAUUAUAUGUUCUAUACACACACCCAGUGCAAAAUUAUUUGCAAUGUUUGAUCACAUAUAUAUAGUGGCCGAAGGACAGUGUAUGUUUGCAGGAGUCGGCCAGGAUAUGGUUCCGUACCUGUCAUCCAUAGGACUCAAUUGUCCAACACACUACAACCCAGCGGACUUCAUGAUCGAAGUUUGCAGUAGGGAGUAUGGAGAUUAUUCGGAAAAAAUGUCAACGGCCGUAGACAACGGUAAAUGUUUGAGGUGGUUCAAAGAUAAUUCUGAAACAAGGAAGCCAAUUAUACGGCGAGCAUCACAGUACGAUGCGGUUUCCAAUCAUCUGUACGAUUUUUCUAGUUCAGGAUGGUCUCAAUUUAACGUGCUCCUCAGGCGAAUGAUAAUACAACAUAAAAGAGACAUUACAUAUUUAUUGUUCAAACUGUUCAUGUACACAUUUAUCGGCCUAGUAGUCGGUGGCAUGUUUUUUCAAUUUGGAAAUGACGCUUCCAUGACUAUUUUUAAUUAUGGUUUCAUGUUUAUUACCAUAAUCGUUUUUAUGUAUACACCACUUAUGCCAGUAUUGUUAAAAUUUCCUACAGAAGUUCAGCUAUUAAAACGGGAAUACUUCAACCGAUGGUAUGGACUGAACGCUUAUUUUUGUGCACUCACGUGUUCACAACUCCCGAUGCAGAUUAUCUUAUCGUCAAUUUACAUAGCGAUAACUUACUUCUUGACAAAUCAACCGUUGGAAUGGGAACGAGGAAUUAAAUUUUCUGUAGUGUGUUUCAUGGUGUCUUUGUCGUCAGAGAGUUUGGCGUACGCGAUUUCUUCACAACUCAACGUUACGAACAGCGUGUUCUUCGGACCAUGCGUGGCUUGCCCGAUGAUGUUGCUGGCGUCGUUCGGUCUGGGCUACGAUGAGGACGAGAUCCCCGGUCUCAUACGGCUGGGCAUGAAUUUCAGUUACCUGCGAUACGGCGUCGAGGGACUAGUCAUGGCCGUGUACGGCAACGGCCGCGGUCGGCUGGAGUGUCCCAAGACCGAGGACUACUGCGAUCUCCGAGACCCGUCGGCGCUGUUUAAGAUGGUCGGUAUGUCCGAGGUGACGUACUGGGGAUCGAUGAGCGCCCUUUGCGGCAUGUUUCUCGCGUUCAAGGUGGCGUCGUACGUGAUGCUCCGACGGAGGCUCAGCACMAAACCGUCGCUGCUGCUCAAACUCGGUUUCGUCGGCCGUUUCAUCAAGGCCAACUUUAACAUUCCUCGCUAAGGAACCUAUAUAUAUAUAACUCUAUCAUAAUAUUUAUAUACAUAUAUAUAUAUAGGUAGUAUGUACAUAUUAUAACGAUUAUGACUUCAAUAUAAGAUGCGACGGUAAUACGUGUAUAUAGAACGCCACUUCACUGCAAGUCAUAAUAUAAAUACCAAACAGCAUUUGUGAUAUACUUUUACUUUACAAUAACUAUUAUACAGUAAAAAUUAAUAAUAAAAUCUAUGUUUAUAUACGUCAUCGUUGUCCUAAUAAUAAGGUAUGUAUAAUAUGAUAUACGAUUUGUCAACUAAUUACGUAGUGAUAUACCACGUAUCUAUUAUAUUAUAUUAUGUAUAAAUACGCGAUAAUGGGGAAAAGGAAUGACCGAUUUAUAAGCGUGUAAUAUUUAUAUAGAAAUAAUUUUUUGGAAUUUAAAUAAAAUUAUUUUUUUAUUAA